UUCAGAAGGUUCUGUGGUCUGCCGAGGGGAGAUGCAGGUUUUACUCUGUCUGGUUUGUGCCUUUGGCCUUUUUGGUCAAUAUCAUCCAGCACCUUUACCACUGGAAGAAGAUGGAUCGGUGCAUCCAACAAGACCUGCUGCUCAGAACAACCUGUCCCUUGCAACAAAAUACCUGCAGCAAUUCUACAGUUUCAAAGCAGAUCCAACAGGCCGCAGGAGGAGGAGUCGUCCCUCGUUCUCUUCCAAACUGAAAGAUAUGCAGAGCUUUUUUGGGCUGAAUAGGACAGGAACUUUGAACCCAGACACCCUUGCUGUCAUGAGGACUCCUAGAUGUGGCGUCUCAGAUGUGGAGGAUUACAGUCACAGACGUGGAAACAGGUGGAAGAAAAACAUCAUCACUUAUGGUGUUGGGAGAUACACCAGUGACUUACCAGUGAAUACAGUGGAUGCUCUGAUCACGUCAGCUCUGGAUGUGUGGGCAAAGGCCAGCCCACUCACUUUCCUGAGGUCUUAUUCUCACCAGGCGGACAUCAUGGUGGAGUUUGUUGGAAAUGAACAUGGCGACUCCUUCCCUUUUGAUGGUCCGGAUGGCACACUGGCCCAUGCUUUCGGCCCAGGGGAAGGCAUUGGUGGGGACGUUCAUUUUGACGAAGCUGAAGCAUGGACAGCUGAAGCUGGGUUUAAAGGGUUUAACUUGUAUGUUGUAGCUGCACAUGAGUUUGGUCACGCACUUGGUUUGAAACACUCGCAAAAUCCAGAGUCAGUGAUGUAUCCGACAUACAAAAACAGAAAAACACACAAUCUGCUCUCCAGCGAAGAUAUCAUGAACAUCAACACUCUCUAUGGGCCAAGGGACAAAAGGCCUUAUCCAUCGCCAAGAUUUAGCUGGAGCUAUCCCAGCAACCCCUGGUACAGUGGUUCAUAUUUCCCUGUGCCAUUCAAGGACACAUGUAAUCCCGAUCUGACUUUUGAUGCUGUGACUACUGUAGGAGAAGCCAUUUUCUUCUUCAGAGACAAAUACUUGUGGAUCAAACACAAUAAUCAAAAUGAUAUAAAGGAAGGUCCCAUCAGCAAUUUCAUGCCAAAAAUUGACUGUCAGAUCGACGCUGCUUAUUGGGUCCCACAGCGGUCAACGGCAUAUCUAUUCAAUGGGACAAUUUUCUGGACCGUGAAAGGAUCCCAAGUAAAAGGCAGACCGAAAAACAUCAGCAAUCUGGGGUUCCCGUCAAGGAUACAGCAGAUAGACGCAGCAGUCCACAUUCACAAAACUGUACACACCCUAUUCUUCACCCAACACCAGUACUGGAGGUACAACGAACACAACAAGACUAUGAGCGACUCAAGCCCACGUAACAUUUCUGAUGAUUUCCCAGAAAUAAAAGGACCCAUAAGUGCAGCAAUUUAUAAAGAUGGGUUUCUUCAUUUUUUUGUUGGCUCAGAUGUGUAUAAAUAUGACGUCAAACAAAAGGAAAUUAUUGGAGCAGAUAAGACAACUUCCUGGCUUGGAUGUUAACAGACAUUCAUUAGACUAAUAGUUCAUAAAUCAAAUUAUUUUUUAAAGGUUAAUCAUUAUUUUUGCAGUUCUGGUUGUGAAAUUACAUAUGACAAAAAUGGCAUUAAUUAUGUUGUAUUUAAUUGUUUUUUUAGCAUGCUGUGCUUGUGAUAAAUGCAUCUACUGUUUAAUGUCUUUGGAAUGUUUUUGAUAUGCAAAUCUAUGUAAAAACUCAAAAUGUGGUAUAAAUGAAAAUUUAUGACUGUAUCAUUACCUCUGAAGAAAAGUACAUGUUUGGCAUUCAGUUCUGCACUCGCAUGACUGAGGUAAACCAAAGUAUUUAGCUUGAAUAUGCACUAAUCAGUGUGUAUUCAUGAUUGUA